AUGGGGAAGUUUGUAGUGUGUGACGUAGUGCCCCUUGGUAUUGUGGGAAAUCAGGCUAAAAGUGUGUGUAUAACGAGAAGUGACGGAGCACCUAGAGCAGAUCGUGGUCUGCAGGAGGUUUCAGAUGAACAUAAGCUCAGUGUGAGGAGGAGAUGUGAACAUGUGACUGAAGGAAGUGAUGAAAUAGGAAGUAGAACCCUACUCAACAGGAUCUACACUGAGCUCUACAUCACAGAGGGACAGAGUGAAGAGGUUAAUACUCAACAUGAGGUGAGGCAGCUUGAGACGGCUUCCAAGAUGAUGAGCCUCCACGACACUCCCAUCAAGUGCCACAACAUCUUUAAAGCCUCCACUGACCAGCAGAGCAGCAUCAGAGUCGUCCUGACCAACGGCGUCGCUGGCGUUGGAAAAACCUUCUCAGUGCAGAAGCUCACUCAGGAUUGGGCAGAGGGUUUAGAGAACCAGGAUGUGAGUCUGCUGACUGUGCUUUCGUUCAGGGAGCUGAACCUGGUGAAGGACCAGCAGCACAGUCUUCUCACGUUGCUCCGUGUUUUCCAUCCAGCGUUACAGAAGCUCACUGCAGAGACGCUCGCUGUCUGUAAACCUUUGUUCAUCUUGGAUGGCCUGGAUGAAAGCAGACCUUCUCUGGACUUCAACAACAGGAAGCUUGUGUCUGAUGUCACACAGAGGUCAUCAGUCAACGUGCUGCUGACAAACCUCAUCCGGGGGAAUCUGCUUCCCUCAGCUCGCAUCUGGAUAACCUCCAGACCUGCGGCGGCCAAUCAGAUCCCUCCUGCAUGUGUUGACAGGGUCACAGAAGUACGAGGCUUCACUGACGCCCAGAAGGAGGAGUACUUCAGGAGGAGAUUCAGUGAUGAAGAGCUGUGCAGCAGAAUCAUCUCACACAUCAAGAUGUCCAGGAGCCUCCACAUCAUGUGUCAAAUCCCAGUCUUCUGCUGGAUCAGUGCUACAGUUCUGGAGCACAUGUUGACCACAGACCAGAGAGGAGAGCUGCCCAAGACCCUGACUGACCUGUACUCACACUUCCUGCUGGUUCAGACAAAGAGGAAGAACAACAAGUACGUUGAGGGACAUGAGAAGACUCCAAAGCAGCUGAAGAGGGCUCAAAGGGACAUUGUCCUUAAGCUGGGGAGGCUAGCACUUAAACAUCUGGAGGAAGGAAAGAUCAUGUUCUAUCAAGAAGACCUGGAGCGGUAUGGUCUUAAUGUCCCAGAGGCCUCGGUGUACUCAGGAGUUUGUUCUGAGAUCUUCAGAAGAGAGUGUGUGAUCUUCCAGAAAUCAGUCUACUGCUUUGUUCAUCUGAGCGUUCAGGAGUUUCUGGCUGCAGUCUACAUGUUCCACUGUUACACCAAGAGGAACACAGAAGAACUCAACAACUUCUUGGGAACAUAUGGGAACAGAUGGGGUACCUUCUCCCUGGAUGACCUCCUGAAGAGAACCAUGGAGAAAUCCCUCACCAGUACAAAUGGUCAUCUGGACCUGUUUGUUCGCUUCCUUCAUGGCCUCAGUCUGGAGUCCAACCAGAGAGUCUUAGGAGGCCUGCUGGGUUGGACAGAGAAAAAUCCAGAAAUCAUUGGGACAGUCAUCAACAACCUGAAGGAAAUGCAGAGUGAUGACAUUACUCCUGACAGAAGCAUCAACAUCUUCCACUGUCUGAUUGAGAUGAAGGACCACUCAGUUCAUCAGCAGAUGCAACAGUUCCUGACGUCAGAGAACAAAUCAAGGGAGAAACUCUCUGAUAUCCACUGCUCAGCUCUGGCCUACAUGCUGCAGUUGUCAGAGGACGUUCUGGAUGAGUUUGACCUGGAGAAGUUCAACACAUCAGUCCAGGGUCGACGGAGACUGAUCCCAGCUGUGAGGAACUGCAGGAAGACUCGACUCUGGGGUUGUCGACUGUCAGAGACUCACUGUGAAGUCGUGGCCUCAGCUCUGAAGUCAGACCCCUCACAUCUGAGAGAACUGGAUCUGAGUGACAACAAGCUGCAGGAAUCAGGAGUGAAGCUGCUGUGUUCUGGACUGGAGAGUCCAAACUGUCGACUGGAGACUCUAAGGUUGUUUGGCUGCAGUCUGUCAGAGAUCAGCUGUUCUUCUCUGGCUUCAGCUCUGAGGUCAAACCCCUCUCAUCUGAGAGAACUGGAUCUUAGCCUCAACGACCUGCAGGACUCAGGAGUGAAGGAGCUGUGUGGUUUUCUACAGAGUCCAACCUGUCAACUGGAGACACUGAGGUUGGAGAGCUGCAGUCUGUCAGAGAUCAGUUGUUCUUCUCUGGCUUCAGCUCUGAGGUCAAACCCCUCUCAUCUGAGAGAAAUGGAUCUGAGUGACAACAACCUGCAGGACUCAGGAGGGAAGGAGCUGUGUGGUUUUCUACAGAGUCCAACCUGUCGACUGGAGACUCUGAGGUUGAUUGACUGCAGUUUGUCAGAGAUCAGCUGUUCUUCUCUGGCUUCAGCUCUGAGGUCAAACCCCUCUCAUUUGAGAGAACUGGAUCUGAGUAACAACGACCUGCAGGACUCAGGAGUGAAGGAGCUGCUUGAUCUAAAGCAGAGUUCAACCUGUCGACUGGAGUCUCUGAGAUGGAGGAGGGAGGACUAAAGGUGAGUGUGAAGAGGACAGUGUGUGUGGAUGGAGGCUGAGCUGUGUCCUGAGGAUCCAGAGGCUGAAGCAGCAGCAGCUUGUGUGUAGAGCGGCUCUGAUUGGGCCUUGUUGCUGGGAGGCAGAGUGGAGACAGAGCUCCAGAGGAAUCAGAGGGGGUGAGCUGCUCUGAGAUCAGCUGUCACACAGUGUCCAGUCCACCGUCCUCCCUGUGUGUUCCUGUGGAUGUGACACAGCAUCAUCACUGGAUCUGCUGCUGCUCUGUUCUUUGACUCACAAAAGUCAAAGUUGUAAAUAUUUUCAAGUUAUGUGCAGAAAAAUGUGCAAAGUUAAUGCAAAUUUAAAUUUCCUAUGUAAAAAGUGACAUUAUAUUUACUGGUCGGUACGUGAAGCUGUGAGCAGUCGCUGUUAUAAAUAAAUAUCUGCUGAGUUCAAGCUUCUUAUAUUUCAAACAGUUUCACCCUGAUCCUGUUGACGUGUUAGCAUGUUGUGUUGAAAACUAAAAACAGGUAAAAAAUCUCAGCUUCAAAUGAUUUAAUUCAACUGCUGCAGGAAAACCACGAAAUCCAGUUUGAUCAUCACAGAAACGUCUCUUUCAAACCUCAGCUUGUUUUAUUUACUUGUAAAAUCUUGUGGCUGCUUUGUUUACAUGAAUCAUUUCUUUAUUAUUACAUGAAAAUAAACAGUUCCCACUUCAUUAAAGAUUAAAUAGUCUGACAUCACAUGACUCACUGAGGAGGCUGUGGCGGCGUCUUUUCAUGAGGGCGAAGGAGCGAACACGCAUUAACACGAUGGAUCAGACACAUGGCACCGUUUGGUAAAUCAGGCCCGACACUUAUUGUGUAGUGUCACUGUGUCGUGUCACCACUGUUUACAACGAUGUCUUUUUAAUGUUCAAAUGAGUUGUUCCAUUCUGUCCUGAAUAAAGAAUCCCAUUAAUU